ACAUCUUGUUUCAAGUCACCAAAGUAUCAUUUGGAACGUUGAAGAACAUAGAAAACGAUAUUUAACGACAUAUUCUACAAUGAAGUUUUCUAUAUUAGUAGCCUUUCUACUACAAUGUGCAAUCUCUGUAAGGUCUCAAGAUGAUGGAAUUUAUACAAUAGGUUCCGGCUGUCCUAAACUUACUAUUGAAAACGCUGAAGUUGAGCCCGCCUUAGAGUACGGAGAAGAAACUUAUGCAGCAUUUACCGAGGUCACCAUCAAAUGCAACUAUGGUUUUAUUACUGUUGGAAAGGAAUCUUCCAUGUGUAUGGAAGAUGGGACAUGGUCAAACAUUGAUUCGCCGUGUAGAGAGCCGAAACCAGUCGGUUGCGAACCACCUGCAGUCAGACAUGGGUUCCGUGUGACAAGACUCCAAAAAGGAGAGAAAAUGUUCCAGGUUGGCGACAACGUUUAUGUCACAUGCAAUGAUGGAUACGUUAGGGAUGGUCGUGCUUUUCUCACUUGCCAAGAGGAUGGAUCAUGGGAUGACGGAUACAGUAGUUGUAAAGUUUUAAAGCUGAGAACUGGUUGCGGAGAACCUAAUUUUCCGUCAAAAAGCGGAGUUUUCAUGCCCCCUAUGUAUGGGGAUUCAUACGAAGUGGGUACCAAACUAACGUUCAAAUGCAGCCAAGGACGAGUUAUGAUCGGAUCCCAAUACUCAUACUGUCAAGCUAACAGAGAAUGGAAUGCAAUCCCGGAUUGCAUGCCUGGAUGUACACAACAAAAUGUCAAAUACGGUACAAUAUCUCCGUCUCCAAAUGUAGAAAACCAAUAUCAUGAGUUUGGUCAGACAAUAACCUUGAAAUGUAAAGCAGGAUAUAAACUGGUCGGACCAAAAACUGCGACUUGCAGACCAAGCGGCAUUUGGAGUGCUUUUCUUAUUUGUUCUGAUGUCUGUGACGCUCCGAACAUUCCCAAUAUGAAAACCUAUCCAGCUAAGGUCGACGGAAAAAGAUUGUACAAAGCGGGACAAAAUGUAACAUGCAAAUGUAAUGCAGGAUUUAAGCUGCAAGGUUCUCCGAUUAUACAAUGUCUCAGCGGCAAUAGAUGGAAUGUUGAAAUGCCUACAUGCAAACGAAUUUUUUGUGAGGCACCUGCCGAGAUUUCUAUAGCAAAAUACAAGCCAAUUCAAUACCAAUAUUCAUACGGCAACAAAAUCAGAUGGGUUUGCAAAACGGGAUACGUAAUCAGCGGAGCAAAAUAUUCAUCUUGCGGACAAAAUGGAGUGUUCAUACCAGCAAAACCUGUUUGUAAAGUUGCUACUGACGUGAAAGAAAAACAGCCUGGUCGUUAUGUCAUUACUCGCCAAGCAUGUGCACGUCCGAGGAAACCAGUAAACGGAUAUUUGAAACCAACGAAACUUUAUUAUGACCUGGCUGCUGAAGUUGAAUACGGAUGCAAAACUGGAUAUAUUAUGUCCGGUACCGCAAGGUCGACCUGCCGAACACAAGGAUUUGGAAGAGAAACUCCAACAUGCACUCCUAUCAAAUGUGUCGAACCUAGCAAACCUACCAACGGACGAUUUGCGACUCCCUUAAAGAAAGCCUAUUACUAUGGAGACAAGGUUCAAUAUGAAUGCGCUGAAAACCACAUCAUGUCUGGAUCAGCUGUCUCUACAUGCCAGUCGAAUGCUCAAUUCCACCCUAAACCUCCUACAUGCACACCUCCGUCGUGUAGGUACGAGUGCAAAUAUGUAAAAGGUAGAUCUUGUCAAUGUAACGCAGAAUGCAGAUAUAAGUUGGACUGCUGUGAUGAUUUUGAACAACAUUGCCGUAAGCUGUUCUACUGAUGUGAACACACGUAAUCGUAAUAUUCGGACUCAGGAGAUGAUUUAUACAUAUGUAUAUAUUACGAAAUUUAAUCGGUGUAAAUUAUUAUAUUAGGCAAUACAAUUAUAAAAAAAAAA